AUGGAAAAGUGGAAAGGUGCUGCUUUCAUGUGGAAUAUUGGAAGAAAGCAAAGGCUGAUUGAUGAAGAAGAUCACAAAGGGUGGUCUUUAUAUCAUUUAGAAGGACCCCCUUGGUCAUAUAAAAUAAAUGAAAACAAGAAAGACAGUAUCAUCUCAAGGCAUCUCAGCCCUCAGUCCCCAAUUUUCUUCUUUUCCACCACUCUAUUUCGUGAAACGAUGCAAUUCAGAUCAAUUGGAACUUGGAUGGAUAUUAUGAUCAUGUCAGGUUUCAAGACUAUGAGAAUGCUUUCAGAAAUAUUUAUAGAUCACUGUGAAUCAAGUUUUCACAUUAACAGUGAAAUCCAAACUCAUCCGUGA